AGUUAAUUGGCGCGCAAACAAAAUAUCGAUUCAGAGGGCGUUACUGUGCCGAUUUUUCAACAUUCGAGGUUGUCACGUUCAUUUGUGUUGUAUCAUUUAUUCUACAAACGUUUAACAUCAACACAUUAUCCGUCAUCCGUCAGAAAGGAAAGCAAAUUCAAUUGUUUUUGUACGACUCAAUACUUCGACAGAAAAAUUGCUCAGAGACUUCAGAAUAGCGUCCAAUUUGUCCAGAACAGCGUCCAAUUUGAUCAGUAAUCCAGUGCAAUCUGAAUCAGCACAAACAACAAUGGCAACAAUCCCAGCAUCUGAUCUAAAUGCCAUGAUAGCAAAGGAACGAGCAGAGGAACAUAAUGGUCCAUUGCAAUUGGUACACGUUAUCAACGAAUGCUUGGAGAUCAUUUUCCAGUACUUAAAUUUGGUUGAUAUGUACAACAUGGCUGAAUCAGAUGAACGUUUCAUCCCUGCACUUCAAUCGGCAUUUUCGCAGCGUUUCGAAAACAAGCGAAUUGUUUGGAAAUUUUUGCCGGCUAAAAAUCGGAAGAAUUUUAUUGAAAUUCCAAAAAAACUGUCGGCUGCCACAUUCUUCAAACACUUUGGAUCAAAAAUUUUGAAACUCGGCAUCGUGGGCAUGAAUGGUAGAGACGCAGAGAAUGGCGAGGAAUCAAUGUUGAGACAUUGUGCAAAUUCGAUUAUUGAUUUGGAACUACAAAAGUGUGGUUUGGGUCGUCAUGCUAUCGACCAACCAUUCGUGAAAGUUAAACAGCUUCUGAUUGAGGAAUGUUGUUUGGGUCCAAAUUUUUCACAAUGGUUCCCAAAUGUGGCUAAUCUCACGUUGAACCACACACAUUUUGUGCAAUACAACUCUUUUGAGGUGCAUUUUCCGGAAUUGACUGCGUUGAAAAUUGAUGAAUUGGAGGCAACAAUGAUGCCAUCAUCAACCAUUUCAAAAAUGCUGCAACGCAACCCACAACUGAUGCACUUGAAAUUGUAUUGCGAUUACAAUGCGGAUGUGAUCAAGUCUGCGAGUGAAUGUUUGUCAGAUCUGGAAGUACUGAAGCUUGACCUAUCUGAAGAUCAAUUCGAACACAGCUUUGACGAUCAAAAUUUUCUGUUUGUAAAUGUCAAGCAGUUGACGCUAUCGUACGGCGAUAACUUUAUUACGAACAUUCCAUUGACUUUCCGAAAACUUGAAAAAUUGCGUCUUUACAAAUGGGAUGGUGUCAAUGAUCGAGUUUUAAAUUUUAUCAACGAAAACCAGUCGAUCAAAGAAUUGCAGUUUGCAGAUACCGAUGAAAUAUACAACGAUUUGGUAAUGGUUAUCCAAUCUCUGCCAAAUCUUAUGGCAUUGACCAUUGAUGCAUCCACAUUCACAUCGGAUGAAUUGGUACAGUUACUGUUUGAUUGUGCCAAGUGGAAAAUUACGCAAUUGCGGAUCCGAUUUGGAGAGCAUUCACAAAGCCAAGAGUUUCGAUCGAAAGCCGCCAGAAAGAACAACAUAAAAUGGACUGUCAAAGCUGUUCGUUACAGUUAUUAUCCAGUUUUUGGACUACACUUUAACAAGGUCUGA